AUCAAGAGGUACAAUAAGGAAUUGCAACUUACCUCCCUCUGUAAUAACAUGAUUUUAAAGUUGGUGAUCGUAGUCCUCUUGGGAUUUGGAACAUCUUGGGCACAACGAUACAGAAGGCCUGUUGCUCCUGUCCGACCCAACGUAAUCGGCUCUCCUGAACCCUAUGAAUUCAGCUACAAUUCCCAAGACGAAUUCGGUACCAACUUAUACAAAGAAGAACGAGGAGACAGCAGUGGAAACGUUUACGGAAAGUACGGAUACAAAGAUGCCCAAGGGCUGUACCGCCACGUUGAGUAUACAGCAACAAAUCAGAAUGGAUAUCAAGCCUCUGUUCAAUCAAAUGAGCCAGGAACCUCUAAUGAUAAUCCUGCUGAUGUCACUAUGAUAGUCGAACCUCCUCCUCCAGGCAUUCAGAACAAGUACACUCGUCCUGGUAUCCGCCAACCACCUCAACGGUAUUUCAGAAACCCUUAAAAAUAAAAGGAUUAUAGAUUGGCCUUCAAUUCAUCUCUGAAUGAUAUGAAACUAGAAAAAGAGAAAUUUAAACCGUUUAUUGUCGGGGACAUUUUCACAAGGUCCAAAUUAACGAAAAUCGCUCCUGUCUGUCAUUGAUUACCGAGAAAUUUACACAUAUAUAUUCUUUUAUCAUAUAUUUAGCAGAAGUAUAAUUCUGUGCUUAUCUGGCGUUAGUAGUAUACUAAUUCAUUGAUCUUUCGAUUUUCAACCUUUCCUAGUUAGUAUAUUGUAGUUUUAGGUUAGACGUAACUGCUGGUAGAUAUUGUUAUAAAGGACAUUGUUUCUUCUUGAGAACAUUGUUAUUAUGGGAUGUAACGUAUAGUGCAUUUGAAAAAAACACACAUUGUUACAGUUUCCCCAUUUCGCAAAAAAAAAGCUAUUUUUCUGUCAUUUGUAGAUAUGUACUAACAUGUAAAACAUUCUGCAUUAAA